GCGGGGAGCGUGUCGCUUGACGCGGGGCCUGGCGGAGGCGCCGGACCUGCUGCUCUGCCACGGAGAGAUGACGCGCCCGCCUGUGCGAAGGCCCAGCAGCAGCAGCAGCACCCGCCGCACUGACGACGAGCCCACCGCCAUGCGCCCGCUGCUCUUUUUCCCUCCGACAGGCGUCGCUGGCUCCUCCCCUUUAAGGAGCCGGGGCGGGGCCGCGCUUGCUGCAGGAACCUGCCCUUUAACAGCGCUCUCCUUUCCUCGCUGGUACCGCUGCCGAAAGCCAGCUCGCCAGUCCCCGCCGGCCCCCGGAGGAGCCUCGGCCUCGCCAUGGUGUCCUGGAUCAUCUCCCGGCUGGUGGUGCUGGUUUUCGGCACCUUGUACCCAGCAUACUCCUCUUACAAAGCUGUGAAGACGAAAAAUGUGAAGGAAUAUGUCAAAUGGAUGAUGUAUUGGAUUGUGUUUGCUUUCUUCACUACAGCAGAGACACUCACAGACAUCAUUCUCUCUUGGUUUCCCUUUUAUUUCGAGCUGAAAAUCGCAUUUGUGAUCUGGCUGCUCUCUCCUUACACCAAGGGCUCCAGCGUGCUCUACAGGAAGUUUGUUCACCCAACGCUCUCCAAUAAGGAGAAGGAAAUCGACGAGUAUAUCAGCCAGGCCCGUGACAAGAGUUAUGAAACUAUGAUGCGAGUUGGCAAGCGAGGAUUAAAUUUGGCAGCCAAUGCAGCAGUUACUGCAGCUGCAAAGGGCCAAGGAGUUUUGUCUGAAAAACUACGGAGUUUCAGCAUGCAGGACUUGACUUUGAUUCGGGAUGAUGACACUGUGCAUUUACGGAGCCCUGAGCCACGCAUGCGUACUUCUGCUACUGGUCAUCUUGAAACUGUUGAUGAUUCAGGUGCAUCCUGUUAUUCCUCAUCGGAAGAGAUGACUCUGUCUCAAAGACAUAAUGGGGCCCAGUCUGAUGCCAGAACAGACCCAUCAGAUGACGAUACAGGAGACAAAGUUCCCAAACGGACCCAGAGCCUUAAAGCUCCUAAAAAAGUGACAAAGACUGAGCCCCCACAAAAGACUGUCAAAGCCCGUCCCAAGAAGAAAGUUACAGGUUCCAGUGCUGCUGGCGAGUCAGCCUAAAGACUGUCUGUCCUAGGGCUCUUCAGACACUUUGAUGAGCACUCUCCAAGGAAAGGGAGCUGAGAUCAUGUACAUAACAGCUACUGCUUUGUAGAGCUCAUUCCAAGGCAAGAGGGUGACUGAAAUUUGGCACACAGAUUGGAGGAUGGCCAUCCUCAGGAAUUAUUUACACUUCAUCUCUGUGAUGGAGAGAAUGCUAAUCUGUCUGUACAUAGCCUGUUGUUUUGGAAUUCCCUCUCUGUGUGUAACCCUAAUAGGGAAACUCUUUGCUGGAACAACUCUUCAAUUAGGGUUAGAGCCAUCUUUGACAGAGAGGCUGGAAGAAGAAAAAAAUCAAGACGGGUGCCACUGAAAUUCUAAUUGGAGGUGGAGAACUCCCCAAUAAUAUUUCAGCAUUUCACUGGUUGUCAUGCUGUAGCUGCUGUGGGGAAUUGUUAGGAAGUGCCUGGAGCAAAGUGACUGGUACUGAGAAAAAGUGUUAUCUAAACUCAUUUGGGCAGAAGCAAGAGACAGAAGUGUAGGUUUGCUUGGUGCUUUGCUACAUGGGCAACUGCUUGCCUGUGGGAUUGGGUAAAGUGAUGUUUUUUUGCAGGGAGUCUGCAGAUGUUUGGGAGAGGGGUGGGUGGAAGGUGAGAAUGCAAGCUGCUGGCUUCUUUACCACUAUCCGGUGCGUAUUUCUAAGCAGCCUCUCUUGCUUGGUUGGAAGCGUUUUAACUCUGCUCAUGGUAGAUGUUGCAAUGGUAGAACUAUUUGCAUGGUUUUUUUCAAGUAGAAUAAGGCUGGGAGGAAGGUGACGAAGCUAAGAGGACCACGGUUGGAGCAGAGGGUGUGAGGAUGCCUUGGCACAAAUCAGUCUCUCCAAAGAGUUGAAAUCCUGAAUAGCCACUGUCUAAGAACCAAACACUUUGGCCCCCUGCUUCAGAGUUGCCUUUAUAUUUUACAGGUCAGUCUGUUUUCUGUAAGAAUUGUUUGGAAAAGGCAUGUGUAAGGAAGAAGCUGGAGGAAAUAUCGAUGGUACCUUAAGUUUCUGCUGUGUUCUUAAUUAUGCUUUAUUUGCACUGGGAAUAUAAGGUUGGAGCUCAAUCAGUGUAGCCUGAAAAGUAGGCAAAAAGGUAGCAACCCUUUUUGGAGCUUUUCAGGCAUUUUGUAAUGAGGUAAGUAAGUGAUGGGACAUUCCAAAAUGAUUCUAUGGGUGGAUAAGGGAUAACGUUACUUGGCUCUCAGGAACUACUCAUUUCUGCCACCACUGACUUCCAUCAUUCCCUGUUAACUCUGGUUACUUUUUAGAGGCAAUAUUAUGCAGUUUUUGAGGCUAUCAUAGAAUUGUAGCAUUGUAAGAGACUCUGAGGAUCAUCUAGCCCAACUCCUUGAAUUCCAAUACAGAGAUGAAACCUGCAACCUUGGCAUUAUCAGCACCACGCUCUAACCAUCUAGCAUUCUGUGAAAAACCGAAUUCAGUUUUAUAUCAUGCUCCAAUCAAAUGGAUAAAUAAAUAAUGGUAAACAUUUCUGUUCCAGACAGUUUAACAUAUACAGAAAUUACUGUCUUGAUCUAGGACUAUAGUGCAGGGAUAUUGAGAUACAUAGUAUAUAGAUAAACCCUGCUGUUCUCUAACCUUAAAUAAAUUCUCCAACUUCGGAAUAUGUGCCAAAGCCACUAGUCUUUUAAACAGUGGAGCAAAUAUAUGAGAUCUAACAGUGCUGGAAACAAAUUUCAGUUACCCUCAUUACUAUAGGUCAAUGGCAAAUCAGACUGAUGUUGGGUAUGCAACAUGGCCAUGCAGCUGCUUCACUAUUCAGUUUAAAUCUUGAUUUUUCACCACAGGCUGACAUGUACUGUUUCCUAAAUAAGUUUUCUAAGAAGCUAACCUCCAUUGAGUUCUGUGAGACUGCUUCCUAAUCCGUGUACUUUAGAUUGCACCUUUAGGCACAUUUUUUAAUUUGUAUAGUUUCAGAGCAGAGAAGGCUUACCAUUAAGAUUACAUAGUUGAAGAGACACCCUUUAUCCUCUUCCAAAUCACACCUGCACUCUCGUGCUCUACUUCUCUCCUGGACACCUGACAGUUCAGCCUCUGCAAGUAUAAAGAAAAUGAAUCACAACAUUUUUGCCAUUCUUUUUGGCAGCAGCUGUUUAAUGCCAAAAGAUUGGGAAGCUAUAAUUACAAAUUACAUUUUGUAAUUUGUAAAGGUAAAGGGUAAAGGGCCCCCUGACCAUCAGGUCCGGUCAUGUCCGACUCUGGGGUUGCGGCACUCAUCUCGCUCUAUAGGCCGAGGGAGCCGGCGUUUGUCCGCAGACAGCUUCCGGGUCAUGUGGCCAGCAUGACAAAGCUGCUUCUGGCGAACCAGAGCAGCGCACGGAAACGCCAUUUACCUGCCCGCCAGAGCGGUACCUAUUUAUCUACUUGCACUUUGGUGUGCUUUCGAACUGCUAGGUGGGCAGGAGCUGGGACCGAGCAACGGGAGCUCACCCCGUUGCAGGGAUCUGAACCACCGACCUUCUGAUCAGCAAGCCCUAGACUCUGUGGGUUAACCCACAGUGCCACCUGGGUCCCUAAUUUGUCAAGGAUGCAGACCCUAAAUCUCAGAUUAGGUUUUUACUACUUGGAAGGUACUUUGGUUUGCUGAGUGUGAGAAUGUAGAAACACAUUGCACUUUUUACACAGCUGAUCCCUCUCUCCUAGUACCAUGCAAUUAAUCUUCAGUAGUUUUGUUUGAAUCAAUUAUAGGAUUACAUGUGAAAUGGCUGCGCUUCCUUAUGCUUGGAAUAUGACUGGGGAAAGUACAUUUGAAUGCUGGGCUGGCUGUAAAUGAGACAUUUGUAUUGCUGUAGUAUGUGAAGGGGAAAGCCUUUCUGCUUCACAGAGAAAGCAGCACUACUUUCAUCAACUUGCUUGCUUUUAUCAACUUGUGUUUCAGCAAUGUGGUUGUUAGUUGUAGAUACUGCCAUGUGUUUUUUUACAGCACAUACAUCAAACUCUUCGCAGCAUCCUUUGUAUGAGGCAGUGCUUUUGCAUAGAAGUUGAUAAACUGGGAUCAGGGUUAACACUUCUUCUAGAAAUGUGCAGAGUUUUUUUGGCAGUGCUUCCAGUGAAGUAUAAGGAUGGGAUGAUGCUGAACAACUUGAGCCUAUUCCCAGAGAUGCUUAAGUCCUGAGGCAGUUUCUACAUUUUCAGAUUAGCCUGGUCUGCUUGUCAGUGCCCAUCUUUUCACCACAUCCUGUGGAUCAGUUUUAAUUGUAGUCCAAUUAGGUGUUUUAUUUUUGUUAUAUUUAUAAGAGUAUUUGUAAACCACUGGCUCAUAAGAAAAUAUCAUGAUGGUGUGAAACGUGCAAGUAUUCAAACAAUCUAAAAUACAGAACAAUUGACCUACACUGAUUCGAUUAAUCCUCUGAAAACAUUUAUCAUAAAAGAAAUGUUUUCAACAGGCAACAAAAUAUCUAAAUUGUUAGGUGCCUGCUUUUUGUUGGUUCGCUUUUGUGUAACACCAUGUGCUCUUUUCAUAUUUGUGUCCCUUAAUUAUUUUAAAUUCCCUAUCAGUUUUACGUUUAAGAAUAUCAUUAUCCUGCAGCUGGGCUGUAUAUUCAGCUUGAUGAUCAGAUAUAUAUGGGGACCUGCCUGAGUCCCAACAAACUUAUUUUGGAUGCAUAUUUCAGGCUGCAAAAUUGAGUCAGAGGUUAGAUAGCUGGCAGGCCCUCGUAUAUAGCAGCUGGGCUGCAUUUGGUUUGGUGGCCUAUGCUGCACACAUCUGUCAUGGGACAUACUAUUCCACAUGUUACCUUCUCGGUUGUUCUUCAUAGGAUAGUUUCUAAGAUCUUGAUCCAUUUAUUUACUGUUCUGUGAUAUAUGGGAGGAAACAGAGUGACUCAAGAUACUUCACAUGACUGCUUUUCCCCUACUCCCUUUUUCUACAUCAUGUAUUAUUUUAUACACCUCUGUAAUGUCUCCCCACUUUUUCUCCCUUUUUUAAAACAGAAGCUCCAAAUGCUGUAAUAUUUUCUCAUAUGACAGUUUCUCCAGCCCCUUGAUCAUUUUAGCUGCCCUUUCCUGCACCUUUUCCUAUGCUCCUAUGCUACAGUCCCAACAAAAACUCCUAUGCUACAGUCCCAACAAAAAUACCCCCCCACUCAGCUGUUGUUUGGCAUGGGAGGGAAGCUUCUAUUGGCAGCAGUGAGAACUCCCCUCAUAUGCCAAAUAGCUACAUAGCUGCCAAGUUUUCCCUUAUCUCGCGAGGAAGCCUAUUCAGCAUAAGGGAAUUUCCCUUAAAAAAGGGGAGAACUUGGCAGCUAUGAAUAGCUGUUUUUUUUCCGGUGAGGGCAGGUAUCGGAACUGCAGUGUGGAAGGAAAGGGUUAAACCUCCUCCCCAUGCACCUGAUCCUGGGUGAGGGGCCCAGUGUUUGCUAUUUACAAUCUUGGGAGCAGGAGAUAUGCAGGAUGUUAAAUCAUAUGAUUAACAUCAUGUGCAGCUGGCCCUUGGGUAGCCUGUUUAACAAUUAAAAAAAAUUUUUUUUGCUUUGCCUGCUUAACAAUUCAUGGGGGGGAUGAUAUGGAGAUUUUCCUCUCUAUUGGCUGCUAUUAUUCUUAAGAGACUUUAUCACGAUAAGGCCCUGAUCCUAUGUACACUUCCUUGGGACCACUAAACAUAAUAAGACUUACUUCUAUGUAAACAUUAUAGGGUUGUGCCAUUAAUGGCUCUAUGAUGAAAGAGUCUGAUAUUGAGACUAUCAUAGGACAGAUCACCAUAUAAAUAACAUGGUAAUCUGAAUUCUUUUCUUUAACCUCUCUUUACCUCUUACUUGUUAGGAGGUCCACGAUGGAAGAAUUCAAAACUUAUUUGUAGUCAGGUGCAAAAUGGAAUUGCCACUUAGUCAGUUUUGCAGUUUUUUUCUACAACCAAGCAUCGUAUAAAUUUUAGGAAAUAAAUAAAUAAAUAAACUUCAUUGUAGUGCAGAGAACGUUGGAUUUAGAGUGUGGUAAGAAUAUGGUCCUAUUUCUGCAGCCUUCCCAUAGUCCGGCUCUGCUGUUGUGUUUUGGGGUUGUAAGAUUAGAAGAGUAAUAGCAAGAGAACCCAUGUAGCUAGCAGAAGGCUCUAAUAAUGCUGCGCUUCAGAGGAAGAAUAUAUCUGGAAAAGACUUUUAUCAUUAAAUCUGGGCUCUUCCCCAUUCCAGGCAAGAGCGUCUUUCAACAUUGUGUAGCGGUGAAAUGUUUCUUGUUUCUCCAGGAACUUUGGGGGGAGGUUGCCUUUUGUUUUCCUUUUCUUGUGUUGUUAUGUUGGACAUGGCAUUUAGAACCUCUUUGGGAUAUUAUCCUUGCACCAGGACAACACUGGUGUUAUCUGAUGGCCUUCUCUUCAACCAGCUUCUGUUGAAGUGCCAACUCCUAUUGGCUGAACCCUUCUCUCUCAAAUGUAAGCAAAUACAAGCCUUGAAGUUUCACAGAGCCUUUCCAUUGGGAGCAGCUUGCUUACUGACAAGUCACUCCUCUGCCACUGUUGUUACGUAGAUCCAGUUCUCCAGCAGCAGUAGCAGUCUGUGUUUCCUCUGCCUCCUUUCAUCAGGAUUCUUUUAAUCUAAGCUUGCCUUAGUACUUGCAUUCUCUGAUUUUUGCUGUGUAAAGGGGACAGUGCUGCUGUCAUUCUUUUGCAGACAUUCACAGUGACUGGUUUGAAUUUGCAUGGCAGGUCUGGAGCAGAGCCAAGAAACAGACUCAUUAUGUUGAAUGCCAGCCAUUUCCCUUGUUUGUUGAACAGGCAGCAGUAGACGUGACAAUGGUAGGACGCUAUACCAGUGUAUUCCCUUCUGCCUGAGGAACAGCAGUCAGUCAGCAAGAAGUGGACAACAAGAAUGGGUAAAGCAAACUCAUUUAAAGGUCUUAAUCCUGCUGCCCAGUCAGUCAGAUCCUUGCCAUCAUAGUUCAGUUACAGCUGUCAUUGGCAGCUCCAGUGCCUCUUCGGCCACUGUGUCAAGUCUUCAGUGAGUAUACUGGCUGAGGGUAGGCAAUAGCUUUUCAGAGAACAGGAGGCAACAUUUUGGAGUGACCAUUGCCUAUAUGACAUACCCUCUUCUUCUGAUUUCUGGUCAAACUAGUUUUGCAGACUUUGUAGUAUUUCAAGCGGUCUAGGGGAAGUUGAAGCAACCUCUUAGCAGAAGAAACACUAAAUAUGCACAUUUUAAUGUGACCUCUGUAGAAACAAUGUUCAUUAUAAGGAAAUGACACUCUUUCAGAGCCAGUUCUACCAUUAGGCUAAGUGGGAAUACAUCCUCAGAAAGCAGUUUUGGGGUGUCCUGAAUUUGCAGCUAACUUUUACUUAUAAAUUAUUAUUGUAGUUUGACUGCCAAGUAGAGGCGAUUGUAGGAUUUUGUGUCUCUGGUGACAAAAUAACUUGGUCAGCCUUGGGUACUACAAACUUUGUUUGGGAUAGAGCAGGCAUCCCCAAACUGCGGCCCUCCAGAUGUUUUGGCCUACAACUCCCAUGAUCCCUAGCUAACAGGACCAGUGGUUGGGGAAGAUGAGAAUUGUAGUCCAAAACAUCUGGAGGGCCGAAGCUUGGGGAUGCCUGGGUUAGAGGGUAUCUGCUGUUCCACCUCAGGCAGCAAAAUAGCUUGUGCUGAGAUUUUGUUGAUGUUGUUCUUAUAAAAAAUAAAUGUCCCCUUAGGAGUGAAAUGGGCUAGAGGAGAAGAUCGGAUCUUGUCAGCUUUACUCCUCCUUGGGCAUGUAGGGGACUGUAGGAAGCUGCCUCUGUUAGGAGUUAGACUCUGAAUUGGAUAAACAAUUUUUCCCUUCUCAGCAGGGCUACCUUUCUCCCCACAUGUUGUUUUGUGCUGUUGUCAAGCUGCCAGUGUUGGUAGCAUUAAAAGGGGGGGGGGACUGCUUGCGUUGCUCCAGAGAAAGAAUAAUCCAUACACAGCAGCUAUCUAUACACUGGUAGAAGGGUGAAGAGUAUCUUGAUUUAUGAACAAGGCAGGACAGGACAGGGUGCUGUUAAGCAAAUGACUAGAGGAGGUCCUCCCACAGGAUUUAUGUGACUAAACUGAGAAAAGGAAAGGGGAUUUCCAAGGAGAUGGGAUAAUAGCCAGUUAUUCUCAGGAUCUGGUGAGACUCCGAGGAUGAGUCAGCUACAUGAACUAAUAGAAACAUAUCGGUAGGCAGUCUGAAUGAAGCCAUUUCCUUGUCUUAUUGAGAGAGAUGAGCCCAGCUGCUCACCCUCAACCUUAUCAUGUUUUGCAGUUUAAUGGGAAAUGAAAAGCUCCUCCACCAUAUUCUAUCUACCAAGGUAUUACUUAUGUAUACUGAUUGACUAUGCUAAGACUGUCUGUUGAGAUCAGAUAGAUGUUCAGGAAACAAUUCAUCCUUGAUGCUACACCAUUCUUUGUACCCACCUUACUGGCAGCUGCUGUUUUCAGACUUGGAUUGUCGCCUGCAUCUUUCAUCUUGUAGUGAGCUCUUCAUGGUACUGCUUUGUCCAGCACAAAUUAUUUUACUAGCCCUGGAAAGGUUACCCCAUGAUCUCUUUCUUCCCUAGGAGUCCAUGUUCUGUCUCGCUGGAAUUUAUUCAGAAACAUGCAUCUCCCCACCACCACCUCAUGAAUAGAGGAUGUUCACAGUCAUGGGCACAUCUUAAGAAGGAAGCUAUGUACCUCAGCACCCCUUCCCCCCCAAAUAAACCUAUUUCCUGCUGCCUUGCAGAAAAACCAUUGAUCUCCUAUGGAGAGAACACACAGUUCUCUUUCAUCCCUGGAUAUGAAAAUGCUGUAUUACAGGAAAAAAACUUAGCCUGCUCUGUGGGAAUCCACCCUCUUAUCCCUGUUCUCUUUUAUGUGGCAAUCUUGUUACCUGGUUGAGCCAUACCACAUUGUAGCCAUUGUGCAAAUACUCUCGAAUCUAUGCUUACACUUCAAGCACCUGUAUCAGACUCUGGGAGUCUGGGUGUCUUGUUACAUAUCAGUGUAAGUAUCCCAGAGCCUCUGUGUACAUGCAUUCAUCAGUAUUACUUUGUGAACCCUUAGUAGUAUUUUAUCUGUGUGUUUUCCAGGCUCUUGGAGACUGGCAAAGGCUCCUGCUAGAUGACCUUGUAUAAUUUUACCCUACCAGAACAAAUUGUUGUUCUUCCUACUUGAGCCCUUUAUAAAGUUGUGAUCUAGUAAGAAGAGGUAUCUAACAUAUGCCGUAUUUGGGAACAGUUUGCAUGGUUAUAUGAGUGUUUUUACACUUUAUGUACUAACUGAAAUCAUAUCACAUGAAAGGCUGGGAGAGUAACACCAAUUGCAUUAAAGGUUUGUUUGAAGGCCACGGAAUGUACUUCAAUCAAUCAAUUGGCCUCCAGCACAGCUUCUGCGCCAUUUCUCACUAGGUAGAUCAUGACUAUAUUCUGUGUCUCUUCCUGUUUUUUUCACCCCAAGCAGGCCUUGAAUUCUCUUCAUUAGAAUAUUUGUAACUUCAGGACAAUGGUGGUUGAAUUUCCUCCUUCCUCAAAAGAGUAUCGUAGCUGCAGAGAGGUUGCAGCCUGGGACCCAAGUAUUGGGACCAGUGGGACCAAAUGCAGUAGGAUUCCAGAGGAGAAAAAGUUUACAGCAGCCACCUGAGACUGUGAAAUUGACCUUUCCUGGAAAUUCUCUGGCCCAGAAGAAUGAACUUUGGUGUUAGACCUUUGAGAAUUACAGAUAUUUGAACAAGUGUUUGUAUGUAGCAAAGUCCAGUAUCAAAGCUGCUACUGUUUUAUUUGCAAUGACAAACUGGAAUCAGAAAUAAUAUGGAAUGUAGACAAAUAUAUAUUGGCCUCUUGUCUCUUUAAUUUUUUAAGUACAGUAAACACGAAUCUUUCCCCGUUCUUGGAAGGGCUGUUCGUAACUUGCUUCCUUCCACCAAUUAUUGUAUUGUGUUGUGUUGUGAUUUCAGAAUUUGGGCUCUUUCUUUCAGGAAGCUACUUCCACACUGGAAAUAUGCCAAAGACAAGUUGUUCAAAAUGAGUAAUUGACAUUGAUUUAUAAAUGUUUUUGCUCUUUUACACUGAAAAUAGGGAUAUGUGAGGAGACCAUCUUUCCCUGCCACUAUUUUCUAUGAACAAAAUUGUUCAUAGGGCUUUCAUAAAGAUUCCAAGCAAGAGCUCUCUUUUCAUGACACUUUUCAAAUUCUAUAAAUCAUGUACUAAUAAAAAAAAUCCAAAGCUUUACAUAUAGUAUGAAUUUUAUAACUUGUGAGCAUUGCCAUUGACUAUUUUUAUAUGUCUGUUGAUUCAACAGAAAGGCAAGAGGCAAAAUGUCCCAAGUUUGUUCUUCCCAUAGUCCAAUGUUGGCUAACCUUUCCUUUGGCUGAGGGCCACAUUGAGGAUUGACCAAGCUUCAAAAAGCUCCAUGCUAGUGGUGGGUGUGGACAAAGUACUUUAACUUUCUUAUGCACAUGCCUUUGCACACGUAUAGUGCACAUAGAAAGCACUCAUGCACACAGUAUAUUCCAAAAGGUGUUUCAUAUUUUGCAUAUUGCUUUUUACAAAUAUACACCCCCCCUGUUUACAAGUCUUCAGCAUCACCUCUCAGUCUAGCAUCUGAAUGUUGCUGUUUCUGCAGCUGCUACAAGCAAAAGAUCUGCAGCACCCUAGUGUAUGACUGCCAUAAUUUUCUCUUGUAUAGCAACCCUCAGUUGGGGCCCAGUUGGGGCCCAAAAGGAAAGUGCUUUUCCAUGCUUGGCUAGUGCCUGGAAUGAAAACAGUCAAGAAAUAUCCUGACAAGAUGUUCUAGCUGUUCAAAUACUUUGUCUAUUGAACUUGAUUGUUAUUCUAUUGUACAUCACUUCUAAGCCAUUGACUUAGCAUGCAAAAAUGACUCAUAAGGUCUAUAAAUAAAAAUGCUAGUGAAAACUCACAAGGUCAGGCAAAUUGUUAACAUGAACUACAUGUACUUCAAUAUAGUUAAAGUGCUAGGUGGAAUGUACUAAUGGAACAAAACUUCAAAUGUUCAGAACAUAAGCCAGCCACAAUUCUUCACUGGAGAUACCUGAAUAUGACUCUGAAGAGGUUCUACUCACAACAGUUCCAAAACAUUUUCCCAGAAUGCCUAAAGUGGAAUUUUGCUUUAAAAAACAAACAAACUCCAUAGCGAUCCUGAAUUCAACCAUUCCACCAGUUUAUUAAGUGUUUAUUGGUCACCCUAUAACAAAAUUCUGAAUGCUGUUCAUAAGAAGAAAUAAUUUAAAAUUCAGUAACAAUAGAAACUUAAUAAAGCACAAAAACAGAAGGCACAGAGGGGAAAUGGAGCUUAAAUCUAAGACUGUUAAAAUCCUGGGGAAAUUAAAAGGUUAUUGCUUGAUACCAAAGUAAGCACAUUUGGUGCCCCUUAAAUGAGGAUAUUCGACAACCACCACUGACAAGACAAUCUCUCCUGGACCCACGACACCAUACUCUGGAGGGCCCUCCAAGGGUCUGCAUUGGUGUGGGGAGAGGUGGUCCUUUGGAUACUCUAGUCCCAAGCUGUGAAGGGCCUUAAAGACCAAAAACAACUCCUUGAAUUGAAUCUGUGACUGGCUCAUUCUUAGUGCUGUAUCACUCCUAAAACCUCUUCAGGGGGCAUGCAAACUCCUGAACCACUAUUUGAUAACUGCCAUGGGGAUUUUUGGAGAGAGGAGGAAGAAAAGUCAGCAUAUCAACUCAAGGGAGUUGGGUAUUAUGCUGCAAAACAAUGUUUUGCAUUCAGUGAUCUGGUGAUUAACUCAUCUGAAAAAGGGCUUUGUAAAAACAAGAGCGUGGAUGAGAUGAAAUAUAAAAGCUUUGUGAAGGCAAAACAUAAUGUGUGCCAAAUGCAAUGUAUCAUCUUCUUUGACGAUCGCUUAUAGCUACCGGUAGUAAGAUUGUCUUCCAUAAACACGGUUUUAACAGUGAGUCCGUAAGUGACUGUGGAGGCCAAUUCUGGACCCACACGUCCUUCCACAGCGGGGACAUAGGUUUCUGGGCAGGAGUUGAUCAUUGUGAGGGUUUGUCAAGCGUGCCUUCCUCUUAGCACAUUUCGUCCUGAGUUUGAGUGUCUUCAAAGCCCAUGACACCUUUGGUAAACGCUGUUCUCCAGUUGGAGCGAUCGCAGGCCAGUGUUUCCCAGUUGUCGGUGUUUAUACUACAUUUUUAAAGAUUUGCCUUGAAGAGGGUCUUUAGACCUCUCUUGUUGACCACCAACAUUAUGCUUUCUAUUUUUAAAGUUCAGAAUAGAGUACAGUAGUUGCUUUGGAAGACGAUAAUCAGGCAUCUGCACAACAUGACCAGUCCAACAAAGUUGAUGUUGAAGAAUCAUUGCUUCGACGCUGGUGAUCUUUGCUUCUUUCAGUACACUGGCAUUAGUUCGGCUGUCUUCCCAAGUGAUGUAUAAGGUCAGUCCAUCUCUGAUGCUUAAGGUAAAACCUCUGCCUAUCCCAGGAAUCUUUGGGCUUGGGACUGAUCAGGGUUACAAGCCGGAGAGUUACUCACAAAUGGGGAAAGCAGCCAAUGCUUAUUUAUUCCAGAAUUCUAGGUGUGUACCCUGGUACCUGUAGCAUACGGGAGGCACUUAGUCUGUCUGCAAUCCCUAUAUUGGAACUGAGUCUACAAACUCACCCCAUCGCUACAACAGCAGUCUAAUUUUUGUACUCCUGUUCCCCUCCGCUGCCCCCUGCAUUGUGCAACACCUUGCCUGUUGAAAAGUGCUGGAGAACUUGAAAACUUGCUACACCUUUGUGACACUUGGUCCCAGCUUGCCCAAGUAAGAUUAAAUUUGUCAUCUGUGAGAUAAGCAAUUGUUUCCUGGCAACAGAUUGCAGAGCUUUUAUUAGCAUAGAAGAAAAUAACAGCUUGUAGGGCUGGCUUUAAACGUUUGGAGAACCAGUUCUAUAACGUGAGAGCUGGUGUUUUGAAGGAGUACUUUGUUUACCCUUAGGUUUAACUCUGUCACCAAUGAAAUAUAAUAACGGUACUUAAGAUAGUAUGAGUUUUAGCCAAUUGCUGUAUUAAAUCUGAAGAAAUGUAUGGUACAUGAGAAAAUAGUUGUAAAGAACAUGAACUGGUUUUCAGAUUAUGCAUAAAUGUGUUGCAGCAGACAUCGUCGCAGAAGAUUGUUAAGUUGUUAUAUAAUAUAAAGCAAGGUUACUCACUUUGCAGGACCAGAACAAGAGGCUAUAUCUAUUGAUCAACUGCAUAGAAAAUUUAGCUUCCUUUUUUUUUUUAGCUUGCAACCAAAAACAGCAUAAAAAGUAAUGACAUGGAAUAUAAAAAAAAUACAUAAUGUCCAUAAUUUGGUUGUAAGUCGCUUUGGGUUGCCUUGGACAGGCUAAAACGAUGAGCAAAUUUAAUAAACGUUGUUGUUUUGUUGUUGUUGUUGCUGUUGUUAAUUAUUAAUUAUUCUUAAUAAUAAUAAGGCAGCAAUACCUAAAACCUUCAGAAUUACAGCCCAAUCCAAUACAUGUAAGCUUUGUGGUAAGGUCAAAUGAGCUUGAUGGCACUUAUUCCUGAGUACGUGUGUAUUUAUGGAUUGCACCCUCCAUUGCUCAAAACAGAAUAAUUAAAUAUCAAACACCCAUUUAAAAAGCUUUCUUUGUAGCCCUUUUGAGAAGUUGAGAGGUAAAGAAGAUUAAGUGGGACUCCUGGGGAGGCCAAUUCCAGAGCUUAUUCACUGGACAAGGUACACACACACACACACACACACACACACACACACACACACACCUUCCUUCACUUCAGUACAGUAUUGGAUAGAAGUGAGAACAGCCCUCCUUCCCAGAGAACUCAACAGGCCGGAACCAUUUCUACAAGUACUUGAAUUUAAAUAAUUAUUUUAAACAGCUGACUGAUUUAAGCAGGGACAUAUUGUAGUCUGUAGAUAUUUUUAAUCACAUAACCAAGUAAUUGACUAAACACUGCAGCUCUAAUGAUAUUUACUGAGUGCCUAUAAUAAUUAGGUGUUGUAUAGAAACUGGUUUUUAAAAAGACCAAGCUCCACACAUUGGCAAGACUUUUAUUAGGAAUGACAAAAAACGUUGUAAAAUGUGUGCAUCCUUAAAGUUCUCCAGAAUGUUUCGUCAGGCUGGAUGUUACAGGAAGCAAAGUUUUGGGAGGCAGAUAAGGGAGCACCCCCCAAAAUGCCAAAAUUGGGCUAACUGUUGAAGUAUUGAAGCCUGAAGAUGGAGACUGCAGGUGGCAGAAUUAGUCCCUGCUAGGUGCUUGCGGUUAUCAGGUUUCACCCAAUGGCUAAUCUUCAUUUUGGAAAAACCAUAAGGCCUGCCUUUUACCCAUAUCUGUCUCAUAACCUCAGCAAAACACACAGUAUCUAGCUGUCCAUGGGCAUAGCCAGGAUUUUUGUUAGGGGAGAGCAGGACUAGGUCUUUUUGGGGGGGGGAGGAACUGAUGUGAUUGGUGAGUUAAAUAUUUCCAGUGCUUUUUUAAACUUGGUAUGGGGGACGACGACCUGUGCCUCCCCCCUCCCCCUUGGCUACGUCCAUGGCUUGUGUGCUAUUUUGUGCUAUUUUGAUGGUCCUAAUAAAAGUAUUACCCAACAGUGGAUUUGGGCAUUUGGGGGGGGGGACCAGCAUGGUUGUCUUGGAGUUUGUUUUGUUUUGUUUUGUUUCCGAUUAAAUUGACAAAGGACAGAACAUUCUACAAUUUUAGGCAGCAUUCUAAAACAAGAGAAUCCUGCCUAGAAUUGUACAGUGUUCUGUCCUUUGUUACGUAUUCUCCCAUGGAGGUCUGAACACUGAGCUGAAACCACACUGAGCAAAGCCUGAGUAGGGCAAUAAUUUGAAGCAAAAUAAGAGAGAUGCUGCCUCUUCUGAAAUUCAGUUAAUCCCCAGUGGCUGGAAAUUGGACAGCCCUAAAUUAGAAUAUAUGAUAAUUCUUUAUGCUGACAUUGAGGAAGUAAGGUUUAAAUACUGUUUAUUAUAUGUGAUUUGACUGUUACCAUUCACCUAAAAAUAAAGCAGGAAAACUCGGGGUUAUUAUUUUUUGUCCACCAGAGGGAGUAUCACACCUGCUGAAACUUUGCUCAAGUGCCCAACAAGCCUGGAAGUAGAUGAGAGUGAUUUGGAUAAUGAUGCAGGCUGAGAGUCUGAAAUAGCUUUUAUGCAGAGACUGUAUCUUUAUGUGUAAAAUUAUGGGUUUGAAAGUCAUGGAGGGACCGUAGAAUGAAGUUAGCUUUCGCCUUCAGCUACAAAAAGCCUUUCCAGCUUUAUUGGUGCUGUUAAUGAAAGGCUCACCGGUUAAGCAUACUUAAAGAGUUUUUCAUUCCCAUUAUUCCACAUGUUUCAUUCCAGCAAUAUCCAAUCAGCCUCUUGGAAGCCGUCUCUACAGGGAAGGGCAUCCUGCAAGGAUUUGUUUGUCUUCUAACCUACUUGCAAACACCAGCUUACACUGGUAACUGUGCUGUCAUUGUGUGUGUGUGUCCCCCAUGCCACUGCCCAAUGUGAUUCCCUGGGACAGGGUGGGAGGGCAAUGCUGUUAACUGUAUCCAUCUCCUAUGGGAAAGGAACCAAUUGUGAAAUUCUAAAAAUAUAGAAAAUAUCUAAUGGUUUCCAGGGUAAUAGGUGACCAUGGUAACUAAAUGCUAGCUUUGUGAUCUGAUGGAGGACAGUUAAAAAAAGAAAGGAAAAGACAUAGCCAAUUAACUGUGCAGAAAUGUUUCUGGGGGAAAUUAUUUUGCAUUAACCCUGCAGGUGCCAGGGAGACAUCAUUUCCGACAUGCUCAGAUUGAAAUAUUGUGAUACGGUGGCUUUAAAUUGGCGUC